AGGGCACUUUCCUUGGGCUUAACAUCUUUUAGCCUAUCAGUAGAGGAUAUCAGAGGGCAAAGUUUCUGUCAUGAAAUAGGACUAAUCAACUUAGUUGAAUUCGUAUUUAAGGCAAGGUUAAACUGAAUUAAGACCAUUUUCUCGAAAGGGUUGUCAGAUGUAUUUUUCAACCUGCAGCCAGAGAAGAUUCCGCAGUUGAAGGACAGAAAGUCUUUGUGUGGUUCUUCCAUCAGCAAUACCAAAGACAAGAAGUCUUCAUAGAGGAUGAUAUUUGUAAUUGUGCCUAGCACCUGACAUUUCAAGACGGCAUGGAUGGAUCUAAUGAAAAUGAGCUUCCAGAGUAAAAAGAAAUAAGAAGUGAGAGCAGCCAGCACAUAACUCACUGUCUUCAAUAACGAUUUCCAGGAUCUCCAUCAGUGGCGAGAGAUACUGAUGACAAACCCAGUGAUGGCUGUGAACCCUUUAUUGACACCAUCAGGCCAGCAGACGAUCCCGCUGAUUCCCUCACCGUUUGGGCCUCCAACUGUGGACAGAGAUGUAUUGCCUUCCACUGUAGCUCCAACUGAUCCAAGACAGUUUUGUGUUCCUUCCCAAUUUGGAUCCUCCGUUCUACCAAACACAAGUAUGCCAAAUGUGUUGUCCAAUCGGAUCUACCCAGGUUGGGGUAUUUUACCACCUGAAUCCAUAAAGGCAGUGGCCAGAAGGAAUGAAAUGAUUCAAAGGCAUCAUACUGCCAGGGCAGAAAUGGAAAUGUAUGCUAUUUACCAGCAAAGGAGAAUGGAAAAAAUUAAUCCUAAGGGACUAGCAGGCCUAGGGAUACCAUUCCUCUAUGGCUCCGGUGUCCCAGCUGGUCCCGCUGCCUACCAUGGCAGGAGCAUGCUCCCUGCCAGUGACCUGCAUUUUCACAGAAGCACCCUCAGAAACCUUCAGGGAAACCCCAUGCUAGUGGCUACUGCACCACACUUUGAGGAGAGCUGGGGGCAGAGAUGUCGUCGACUCAGGAAAAAUACAGGGAAUCAAAAAGUUCUAGACAGCGAUGCUGAGAAUUCCAAAAGUCAAGCAGAAGAAAAAAUCCUAGCCCAGACUCCUGCAAUUCCCUAUCAAGAGGAUCAUUAUGCAAAAGACCCAGAAAUUGAAGCACCCAACAACCAGAAGUCAAGUGAAACGAAUGAAAAGCCAACUCCAGCUCUUGCCAACACCUGUGGAGAGCUCGAGCCCACUCAUAGGAAACCCUGGGGAUCUCACAUCGCUACCUUGAAAGCAAAGGCCUGGGAGAGCGGGAAAGAGGAGGCUUCAGAGCAGACUUUUGCAGACUGUGAUGAAAAGAAUGGGGUUUGUCCUCCACUUCCUCGACCAUCUCUGCCAGGAACACAUGCACUGCUUACAGUCGGGGGAAAUCUUUCUUUGGAUGAAGACAUUCAGAAGUGGACCGUGGAUGAUGUGCACAGCUUCGUUAGCAGCCUCCCAGGCUGUUCAGACUAUGCUCAGGUAUUUAAAGAUCAUGCAAUUGAUGGAGAAACUUUGCCGUUACUCACAGAAGAGCAUCUUCGAGGCACUAUGGGAUUAAAGCUAGGACCGGCACUAAAAAUUCAAUCACAGGUAUCUCAGCAUGUGGGAAGUAUGUUCUACAAGAAAACUCUUUCAUUUCCUGUAAGACAAGCGUUUGAUCAACCAGCAGAUGCAUCCCCUCUUUUGGAUUCUAAUUCCUGGAGUGAUACAUUGAGCCUUUUUUGUCCCCAGGAUAUAAUAAUUCCUAAAGGAGUUGAGCCAGAUAGUAUGAGAAACUAAAAGCCCUCAAAGAGAAAGAAUAGUCUUAGCCAGUUUUCCAAAGAGUCUAGGAUAUUACAAAAGAUGUGUGAGGAUUUCCCAGGACUAGAUGGAGAAUGAGAAGGGGAGAAAGUCAGCCUUCGUGGAGUUGUCGUGGAGGAGACUUGCCCCCAGGGAUUCCCUGCCAGGGCUGAAUGACCCCAGCACCAAGUGACUGGAGAUCCAGCCUUAGGAGCAAAUGCUAAUGAAGGGGAGAUUUACAAACAUUAAGAAAGCAUCGGAUCAAUGUUUUCAUGAAGAAAUCUCUGAA